AUGUGGAAUCAAGCCCUACGAUAUGUUGUGCACGCGGAGGAGAAGCAGCAGGAGGAACAGCGUCGACAGCAUUUAGCACAGGCAGCUUCUACUUCAUCUACUGCAUCGAAUGCUACUAGUUUGAGCUCGAUUGUCCCAGUAGAAGCUUCACAAUCAGUCGUAGAAGACGCGGAAGGACGUGCUGUAGCUUGUAGCAAUGAAAACAAGACGCUAAAGGCCAUAAAUCGAGCGUCUUGUAUAGAAAAAGCAGUACAAUUAAAAGAAGCUGAUGAUUGUAUGCAGAAUCAUCUGCUAUCGCGGCCAACGUCGUCGUGGAAUUGCCUUGAAGACACCCAGCAAGCCAAUUGUUUGGCACUGAAUACAUCACACACGCUCAUUGCUGUGGGUGAGCGUGAUGGUCGUGUGACCAUAUGGGACAAUACAACCAUUCGUGUGAUUACGCGAGAGCUCGAUCCGACGCUGAUUGUAUUGCCACUCGUGGAGUCAAGUAAAGAUACUGACAAGUUGAAUGGACAGGGUGAAGAUCCUCUUGAGACUGAAGAUGGAGCUAAAAAGACCGUGCAAACCGUACAACCAGGAGAUGCAGUGGGUGUAAAAAACAGGGACGAUACGUUGGUGGAAGAUAAAGUAGAGGAGAGAACGAAUGAUGCGGCGUCAAUUGAGGAAGAUGUGGUGACGGAGACAGACCAAGAAGCCAAAGCAGAUGAGAGUGGAGAAAUUGUAGCAGGUAAUGAGUCUCGUACGAUAGAAGGGGGAGCUGUAUUGACGCUGGAAGAUCUUCGAGUGGUCAAGACGGCACUAAAGGUGGUGUCGCAGUGUUGUUGGUCGUGUGAUUCUCGUUGGCUUUUUGUUGGAUGUGAAGAGAAAUCGACACGACGAGCAAGGUUGUGUGUGUGGGAUGUAGAAGCUGCAACACUUGUUUCAGCGUUCAAAUUCAAUGGUACGAUCACCUCGUUAAGUGCACACCCUCAUGACCCAAAGUUGGUAGCCGUGAGUUAUUGGAAUUCCCACCCAGUGCUGCUGGAUGUUGUCUCCGGACAGCGUACAGAGCUGAAAAGUGUACCGCUAGACAAUGCAGAAGUCUCCCAGCCAACCCUUCAAAGCAACUCACGGCAUCCUGUGCUUGCAUCUUGUGCGCGGUAUGGGCAUUCAGGAAAGCGUAUUUACUGUGCCACGUCCAAACCAAUACUGGCCGUCUUGGAUGCUGUUACGUUGCAGUGUCUUGACAGUCUCAAGUUGAACGUAGUUAUUCAGUUUAUGGAUCUCUGUGUGAACUUGCGUGAGACGGCAGUGCUACUUACGAGUUCGAAAGGUAUUCACGAGUUCGCACUGAAUUCUGCUGUGGAAACAGCCACCGUACCGGAUGAUCUAGAUGUCAAAUGCGUUGCUGCGACGGAAGAGCAUCCACUAGGGCUGCGCGAGGUGGCACUGCACUCAACUGGCGCUGUGCGGGCACCUUGGGCAGUUUGCUGCUUCAGCGGCGGCGAAGAAUUUGUGGUCGGCACACCGGUGGUACGCCAUCGACAUGUUGGUGAAAACGGCUUGUUCACGUGGCAUCGUGCCUCUAAUUCUGGCAAGACAACCGCACAGCACAAUGUUGGGGUAAAAGAUGGUGUAUUGGCAUUGACAUGGGAUUCAUUAAGGCAGAGUGUACUUGCCGUCUCUACCAGCGGAGCUUUGCAUGUGCUUGAGGAGAACUUUACGACAACAUGGCCAGGGGCGAUGUAUCCUGCAGGUUUUCGUCUUAUCACUGAAAAUGAACUGCACUUGGAGGUGUUUGACCGUGACCUAGAAGAGCAAAAAAUCGAAAAGGAGAAACUUGCUGAAGAAGCGAAGCAUGCUCCGGUUGAUGUAUUCACUUUGAAAAGUCCAAGUUCCGAGUUUCCGGGUGAAUUCGAUUUUGCCGGUGCACCACGUCCCAUGAGGCCGGUUGAUAAAUUGUGCUACAUUCCAGCCAUUCCAAUUGCACAUUACCAUCGCCGGCAUCUGCAUCAACUUCAUGAAGGAGAAUACAAUGAAGAUAAGCACUUUGGUCUUGGGCAAAGCGUUUUUGAGCCGCUUCGGGUUGCAUUGGACGAGCAACGGAAGCACAACACUCGCAAAUCACGGGGCUGUGGCACUAGCAACAGGGGCCAGAAGCGACGGCGCAAAUAA